UUUAAGGGCAUACGAUUCCCGACUACCGUGCCCAGCGAGAUGCCGCCCAAAAAGAAAGGAGGAGGCAAAAGCGGAGGAGGCACCGUCAUCGACGGCGUCGACACGACGCAGAUGACGCGCGAACAGCUGGAGGUUUUCUGCCGUCGCAUCAAGGAGGAAAACGAGCGGGAACGCGAGGAACGAAAUUUUUUCCAAAUGGAACGUGACAAGCUGAGGACGUUCUGGGAGAUAACCAAGAACGAGCUGGAGGAGGCCAAGGCGAAGCUGAGGAACAAGGAUCGUGAAAUCGAAGAGGCGGCCGAGAAAAACGAACAGGAGCUCAAGUUUUACAAGCAGAAGGUCAAGCACCUCCAGUACGAGCACCAAAACGAUCUGACCGAGAGCAAGGCGGAGGCGUUAGUGUCGCUGAAGGUGGCGCAAGACGAACACGCGGCUCAGGAACGGGAGCUCCUCGCGGAUAAAAAGCACCUCAAGCGGCGAAUCAGGGAGAUGGAAGACGCUCACAGGGACCAAAUCAAAAAUCUAAAAAUGGGCCACGAGGAGGACGUGACGGCGACGAGGAACGCGUUCGAGGAGAAAGCCAAAGAGUUAGAGAUCAAGUACGAGAAAAAGUAUGCGGAGCUGAGGGCGCAGCUGGAGUCGAUGCACGACGUGGAGAUGUCGGAGGUGGAGGAGCGGAAAAACAACCAGAUCGAGGAGCUGAAGAGGCACCACGAGCGCGCGUUCAACGAAAUGAAAAACUACUACAACGACAUCACGCUGAACAAUUUGGCGCUGAUCAGCAGCCUCAAGGACCAAAUGGAGACGCUGCGCAGGCAAAACGAACGGACGAGCAGGCACGCGACUGAACUCGCGGCCGAAAACAAGAAACUCGCGGAACCCCUGAAGACGGCCCUUGAGGACGCGAAGGAGUACAAGAGACGGCUGCAGAACUACGAAAAGGACAAAGUGUCGUUAGCGAACACCAGGGCUAACCUGCGGCAGACGCUGAAAGACCUGGAGACGCUACGAUGGUCCAACGAUGCCCUGCAGCUGCGAUUCGACAAGCUCCAGGCGGAACGAGACGAGCUCCACGAUCGGUUCGUCGAGGCCGUGCUCGAGGUGCAGCAAAAGACGGGCGUAAAGAACGUGCUGCUCCAGAAACGGAUUCAGACGCUGAGCCAGAUGGCCGAGCAUAAGGAGGUGAUUAUCGGGGAGAUGAGCGCGGCCCUCAAGAAGCCCCCGGAGAGGAGCAACCAAAAACUGGAGGAAAUCCUGGCGAAGAAGAACGCGACCAUCAGCGACCUACAAUACGAGCUGGCGAGGGUAUGCAAGGCGCACGACGAUCUUCUCGAGACGUUCGAGGAGAAACUGAUGACGUACGGCAUCCCCAAGACGGAAAUGGGGUUCGCGCCGCUGAGGACGGUGCCCGACGGGCAAGCUGCUGCGGCUCGAGGCCCCGCCGGCUUGGUGGCGCAGAACAAAUGACGGUUUCUCACGCAAUAAAAAUGCCGCGGAUGCGAGCGUGCUUUUUUUGUGUUCGACAAGCGACGCGUCCAAACUUCCGCCGCGAAUCCGCGGAACCGAAAGCCCCCCCGGUUGACGCAGAAAUGGGGGAAAAACGAAUAAAAUACAAUGAACGUCAGGACUAAUUACGAGAACUUUUAAAGCGGCAUUUUUUACAAUACUCUGCAGCAACCAGAUAGAUUGCAAUUGAUGAAAACGUAAUAUUACAUUGCCAACAAAAGUUAAAAACUAAUUUUACGUGCUCUAAAAUAAAAAAUCCUGAAAGUUGUAGUGAACUGCGACCUACUAGCAUAUCACCAAUCCUUUCCAAGAUUACAGAAAAUAUUAUGUAACAAAAAAACAAAGUAUAGGGUUAGUAGCCAAGUUUUUUUUCCAAGUGACGUAUAAAACAAAACACUAUCAAUUUUUCGACAAUUUUCUGUGUAUUUAAUAUAAUAAAUAGAAUAUAAGUAAUAGAAUAUCUCAAAUCGGCAAAAAUAAGAAAUUUUUAUAUAACUUCAAACAGUGCCGUCACUGACUGCAACAACAAUAAUUAUUUACAAAUUACAGUAGAAAAAAAAAACACUAUUCUAAAUACUGCUAUAUUUUCCUGAACACAUUUCUCAUACACUCUAAUUGUAAUGUGUAUUGUAUUGUAUUUAGUAACGUUUCCGGAUUGUCUCUGAACUGGAUUUUUAUUUCGUGUAUUUGUGUAGGAACGAACUUUCAUCAGUCCAUAAAAUGGUUUUAAAAAAUUAUUAUUUUCAUUAUGUCUGUUUGAAAAAUCCAAAAAAAACUGCAUCCUCCUUUGACAUUAUUGUGCACUUAAUGUACAUGAUGUAGGCUUAUGUCAAAAAAAAAACUUGGCUACUAACCCUACAUUUUAUUUUUUUGUUUAUUUUGAUAUCUCUAAAAACGAAA